AUGGAGUGGUGCAGGCUCGUCCGCCAUGGGAGUCUGAUCUGGCUGUCCUUGGCAUAUGGGAGCUUGGCCCAAGGACUCGGAUUGGCAGCGCGGAGCUAUACCUGGUUGAGCGCGGAUCGCGCCGACUUCUGCCGGGACGUUCGGUCUGCCCCAGCAGUGCUAGAUGAGACGUCAGCAUACCCGCAGACUCCUUUUGACCAGCAGGAGGGUGCCGAGGCAAGGGGUGUUCUCCAAGGAUACCGGGACGACGACUAUUUGCUGAACCUCUUCAGAAGCUGCCCACUAGUGGAGCCCAUCAUCUCCAGCGAAUGCAGCACGCAACUCGAGGAGUACCUCUUUAGCCUGCUCCUUUUCGGCUCGCCCAUCAUGGCCGGUCUCUUCUUCAUGCUUGUGUGGCAGGUCUGCUGCUGCACAGGCAUGUGCCGCUGCUGCCGCAGAUGUUGUUUGUGUGCCGAGAGAAAGGCACCCUACAGCGUGCGGCUGUGGCAGAAGAUGUCCAUUGCCUGCCUGGUGCCCAUUGGCGUCAUUGCUGGUCUGGCCGCCAUCUUCGUAGUCUACACUCGGUCGGAGACCUUCACCGUGGCUGUCCAGGAGGUUUUGUGCCACAGUCUGACAAUGGCAGACGAAGCGUUGAAUGGGUCGCCUUCCGGCCCCCUCUUCCUUGGCAUCGAUGCAGGCAUCCAGCGGGUCGCUCUUCUUCAGCAGCUCUUGGACGUCGACAGCAAAGCCAUGACUGACAUCCGGGCAAUCCUGGACGAAACAGCUCCGUUCGGUGACGCUGUCGACGACCUGCUCGCCAAGGUCGAUCACAUGCAGAGAGUGCUGACCUUAGUCGGCCAGCAGAAGCUCAAGGAACACACCUGUUGGUUCUGCAUCCGCGCCAUAGGUAGCAAUUCGACUGGCGAAGAGGGGCUGUUGAAUGAGCUGAAGUUGGCGCUGCGGACCUCAUCGGCAGAUGCGAUGCAGUCGAUCCGGGAGACGACUUCGGCCACUCUCACCGGCCAACGACUGGCAGAUGUCGCUUCAGCUGCCGGGCGUGGCCGAAAUGCCUUAGAGGUCUUCAAGCAGGCCACCGCGGGAAGCUUCGUCGAGAUGUUUCUGGGACAGCGCUACACCCUCCAGACCGUCGAGGACGCCCGGCACACUGCCUUCCUUGCUUUGUCCGGCUUCACCGCAGUUCUCGUCCUUCUUGUGAACCCCGGGACGAUCGUCUACGCCCGGAGGUCCAAGGCGACCUACCCGAGUGCAUCGCCCUCCUGUGCCUCAUGGUUUUGCAGCUUUUGUGCCCUGUCUUUCGGGCUCCUCUUUGCCGGAGGGCUGCUUGUAGUGGCCGUUCCCAUGUCGGAGUUGUGCCAUUUCUGGCGGUACGACUUGCUGACCCAUGGGGGCAUCGCUGACUACUAUCAGCAACUCGGUCUCUACAAUGAAGCAGACCCAGCGCAGAACAUCGACCCCUACGCGACAGACGUGUUUCGGACCUGCUUCACCGGCAAUGGCACGGGGAACAUCAUCGCCGCGCUACAGCUGCAGGAGCCCCUGAGCUUCCAGCAGGUUUUGGAUGAGAAGUUUAUCGAGCUGGAGGACAAGCAGGCCGCCAUGGUUGUGGACACGGCCCGCUAUGAGCUACUCGUCUCCCAGGCCCGGCUCUUUGGCGGCCUCUUCCUUCUGGAGCCUGAUCAGCCUCUGGCCUUGGAUCCCGCUUGGGCUUCCAAACUCCUGGGCAGCUCCCUGGAUCCUGACGACCAGGUGGGCCCGGACGGGGAGUCGCUGAUCUCGGGCCUCAACACGUAUGCAUCGUCCAUUGCUGGGCCUGGGCAGUAUGCUUUUGAGCACGGCACCUCCGGAGGUGGCAUUCUCAUAACAGCCACGGAGCCAUCUGAGGCAUCUGUUAGCAACCUCCCCAUCAGGACGCAGAAUGCCUUGGCCUAUGCACGGCUCAAGGAGCAGAUUCUCUCGGAAGAUCGUCUGCUGAGAUGCGAUGUGAUGGACGGCAAUUACAUCGUCACGGAGCGGUUCUGCACCUACGAUGAGUUCAAGGUACAUGUCCUCGACAUGGCGGAGCAGGUGCGGGCAGCCGGGAUGGUGUUGAGCACGCAGGCCAAUGCUGCAAAAGAGCUUUUGGCCACCGACCUCAAAAGCACGUUGCAGAGCAUUCUCAUGGAGGUCCAGCAACUCAGGACUUUACUCGGCUGCCGAUUCCUGUGGAGGCGGUGGGAAGAGUUCGACUUUACGUUCUGCAACGUGGCACUGCCCAAUGCCAUCGAGUGCUGCCUGGCGGCACUGGUGCUGGCGGUGGCUGCACUGAUUUUGGCGUUCGUCCACUACAAAAUGUGGCGGCACCUGUUGGACAACAAGGUGGUCGGCGAGGAGUUGGAGAAGUUCUCCAAGAAGUACGGCUACUUGCAGACAAGGAAGUGA